UGGCCAAGGCCAGGGGCGGCCCGCGGGCCCACCAGCAGCAGGAUCCGGUCAUUGCGGGAUCCGGUCACUGUGGGGCCAAGCUGUGGGGCUGAACUGUGGGGCCGGGUGCUGGCAGGAGACGUGGGAUGGAGGAGGGCCGGGCUGGACAGAACCCCUGCUCCCCACUGCACCUUGCAAGCGAGCGGCUGGACGAGGACAAAGGCAGGGAUGAGGAUGAGGACGAGGAUGAAGAUGAGGACACAGCUGCAGCAGGGGACGAGCAGCACAUCACCACGCUGCUGGCCUGCAUGGACCCCCACAGCACUCGGCAUCUGCCCCAUAGGGAGGAAGAGGAGCACUCGGGGUGCACCAGCAGCCCCUGCCCCGAUGGGCAGCAGCCUCAAGGGCUCGAUGGCACUGGGACGGAAGCCCCCCGCCCCGACCUCUUUGCUGCCCUGCAGCACGCCGUCAGCUCGCUGGAACGCGCCGUCAUCUGCCGACAUCGGUGCACGCCGGCACCACCAGCAGAGUGGGCACAGAGCCUGGAGGAGCUGCAGCGCGUGGCGGGGACGUGGCAGAGCCUGGAGAGGGGCGAGGGGCUGCUGGAGGCGGCGGCGAGGAACGCAGCGCUGCGGGAGGCACUGGGGGACCGCGACGAGGAGCUGAGCCGCACCACGGAUGCACUGCAGGCGUUGCAGGGGGAGCGCGAGCGGCUGCAGGGGAAGGUGUGGGAGCUGCAGGAGGCUCUGGCCAGGCUGGAAGGAAUGGGUGGUGCUGGGGGUGACACCGUGGGGCUCAGCAGUGCUCCAGGAAUGGGGGACCCCCAGGACUUGUCCAGCUGCAUCCUGAGCUACGACGAAGCUCAGCCCCAUAGCGCUCAGCCCCACAGCCCACUCUCCCCCCUGCGCUCAGAGGGUGCCAGCCAGGAGCUGGACGAGAGGAUGCGACAGCUACAGGGGCACAUGGAGAGGCUGAAGGAGGUGAACCAGCAGCUCUCGGCUGCUCUGCACGACUGCAAGAGCGAUUCGGAGCGGCUCAGCAUGGUGCUGGGGCAGCACGAGUCAUGCAGCAGCGCGCUGCGCCUGGCACUGCACUGCAGUGAGCGCUGCGUGGACGCCUAUGCUGCACUGCUGGAACGGAUGUGGGCAAAACUGGGCAGGGAUGGGCACGGCCCCGAUGCUGGAGCCAUGGGGAAGCAGAGCGCAGAGCAUGGCCGUGGGCCCAGCCCCACACAGAGCCUGCAGCUCCAGGUCCAAGCUGAGCCAAACAGGCAGGAGGAGAGCGGGGUCAGCUCCUGCCCCAGGCUGCACAGCACCCACGGGUCAGAGGAGGGGGCCCUGCGUGAGGCCAUCCGCCAGCUGCGUGCCGAGCAGGCGGCGGUGCAGGUGUCCCUGAGCCACGUCCCCAUACCCACCCGUGCCCCAUCCCGCUGCGGUGGGGACAUCUGUGCCCGUGCUGAGCGUGCUCUGCAGGAUGCUCGUGCCCUCCUGCCUGGCUGGAGGCGGCCAGAGAGAGCGGAGCUGCUGCGGGAGGUAGCAGAGCUGAAGGAGGCCAUGGCCGAGCUGAGGAUGCGGCUGCAGUUGGCAGAGAGGGAGAAGAGGGGCUUGGAAGUGCUGGCAGCUGCGCAGGGCCCACGGGAGGCAGCGCUGCGCCUGGUGCUGCAGCACAUGGAGCGGGAGCAGGGGGCUCACAGCCCCUCCAGCAGCUCCAGCAGCAGCGAGGAGGAUGCUCCGAUGGGAGCAGCAGCACCGCAGCGCCCUGCGGACCCAGAGAGGACGGCGCAGGAGCUGCAGCGUGCAUUGGCACGCAUCGAGCAGCUGCACGCCCGAGCACAGGCCCUGGUGCUGUCCCUGGAGCAGAGCAGUGCUGUCAGCCGUGCACAGCACAAGAAGUGCAUCACCGUCACCAGAGAGUCCUUCCAUGCUCACAGUGAUGCUGUGCCCACAGUGCUCUGGCCCUGGCAUACCGCAGUGCCCGGCACAAGCAGGCAGCGCAGCUGCAGCACCUGGAGGCCCGGGCAGGAGCCAUGCAGCAGCAGCAGGCGCAGCGCAUGCAGGCAUUGGCACGACGGCUGCAGGCCUUGGAGCAGCACAAGGCUGGCGGCGAGACCUGCAUUUAGGGACACAGGCUGUGUCCACGGGGACAAUAAAGCACUGACGCUCGUGGCUGUGGCUCGGCCGCACUGGGGGCUGAUGGGGGGCUAUGGGGUCGGCUCAUCCCUGUAACAAAGCCAUCCUCCCCUCCCGCGGCCCCAGAUGAAGCCGUUCCGUUCGCCCUGACGCGGGAUCAAAGGUGACGGCGGUGGCCCCAUGCAUAUUCAGGAGGAAGAGGAGCAGUGACCCCGCA